AUUGAAAUAGAUCAAUUUUCAUAGCAUCACCAUGGAAAGUUUUUUUUUGGAAAAGUCAUAUGCUGGCCAAUAAUUUUCAUUAGUCCUACUUGACUUUAACGUUAUGAUAUGACUCCUAAAUAACUUUAAAUUUAAGUUUUUAGCCAUGACAAUAUUGAAUAUUGACAAUAUUGACGACAAAUGACGUACACUCCUCAUGCCUAAAUAAUGGUUAUUUUCAUUGUUUAGCUUAAUAACAAUUUUUAAAAAUAUAAAAGUACCGAAGUUAAUGCUAGUAAAAUUUAGUUACUUUCAAAUAUUUUGAUUUUCACUUCAUUAUAGUUCACCAUAGCCACACUGACUGCGGCAUAUGGCUCGUACUCAUACACUACCGGUAGUUUUUUUGUUUUGUUUUUUUAAAAAAUUACAAUAACAUCCGAUAGUGAAAAUGAAGUUGAAAUCAAAACUGAAUUGAAUAGUCUACACUCUACUAUGCCACAAAAAUAAUUAUUAUUAAUCAUCAGUAGGUUAUGUGUGAGGACCGGGUAGUCUUAAAACUUAAAAGUAAAAGUAAGUCACUAUCACUAACUAACUCUCACGCUUUUUAACUUUAAAAAAAAAAAAAAAAAUGUGUGAAGAAAUCAAUUUUAGUUUUAGCCGCAUUCUAAUACUAAAGUUACUAACAAUGAUGAAGUAGUCUAAAUAUACCUAGCCCUUCUUAUUAUUAUUUAAAUUAAAAACAAACAGAACAUCAUCAUCCAUUCAACACUUCUACUUUACUGAAACUACUGCAAAUUGUGUAAACUUAGAAUUAGAAACUAUAAUCACACAAUCUUAUGAUUAUGAUUUAUGAGUACUAUUACUAUUAUAAUAAUUUAAUGUUGUAAGUAGUAUUAAGAAAAAAAAUGAAGCAACAAGACAAGAGUUUAAUUUUAAUUAUGUUUUAAGAGUUUGGUGGUUUUAGCUGUUGUUCUGGUUAAAUUUAAAAAUAACAUAAUAUAAAUAUAAAUAAUGGAAUUAUGGGUACUUGAAAUCAUGAACAAAACUAUUGAUACAAGUUACAAGGAAGUAAAAUCAUAAAAAUAAAGCAUACUUUCACUAUACUAUAUUUAUAUAAUAAAAUAAAAAUAAACAAUGGCCAAUGCACUUUAGGGUUUUCCAGUUUUUAUUUUCUUAUUUCAUGGACCAUUUACAUCAAAAUGUAUAGAAACAAAAAAUAAGUUUUCAAAUAUAUAAAAUAUAAAACAUUUAAAAAAAAUUGUUUUAGAAUUUAGUAUUAUUUUGUUAUUUCCUUUCUUUUUUUCUAAAUACAGGAUCAGUUAACAGUCAAUGUAAACAGUAUGGAUGAUAAUCAAACCAGUACUGAUGACUACGAUGAGAAUGGAUGCGAUGAGAAUGGAUGCGGGGAGUCUGAUACAGAAAUAGAGAGCUUUUAUGAUGUAAAUUUUUACAAAUCAAUACCCAUUUCACUAAGCCAUUUAGGCAGUGACUAAGUGUAGACUAUAAAGUGUGCUUUUAAAACUCUAUUCACCUUACUUUAUAAGUUUUUAUUGGUCUUUACGAAAAAAAAAUUGAAUUUAAUCUAUAUGACUAUUAUUAAUAUGUUUUUCAGGGCAUUCUUAAUACCGUAACUCAAAGUGUAACUCUGUAACUUAUCUUUGUUAAUAAUUUUAGUAAUUUUAGAUGCAAUAUUCAAAGUUCAUCAACCAGUAUAUACUUGCAUUGGUAAAUGAAUCUGUUUUGCAAUUUCCUUAAAUGAAUCAGUGAACUCAACUUUCUUUUGAAUAUGAUUUUUAAAAUUUUUGCCUACAUGUCAAGUAUAACAUUGUAACACACCUUUGAUUGUAAGUCAAUCUUUAAUUUUUUUGUAUAUUUUACUGGCAGUGUGUGAAAUGCAGGUAUUGUAUAGAAUGCUUAGGCAUUAUAUGAAAUAUAUAUAGUUGCCUGAAAUUUUUAGGCAAAGAAUGAAAUAUUAAUUUUUCGUGAUUAUGUUACAGCUCUCUGAAUAAUGAAACAUGGGCUACAGAAAAUACCGACCACAACCUUCUAUUUCCUCAUCUGAAUUGUUAAAUUAAAGUUUUCCUUUUUGUAAUUUGAAAUUUGUGUACAUAUUUUCAUAAACAAUUGUAACAAUUAACUUAUUAUGUAACACAUCAAAUGUCCCAAUUAUUUUUUAAUGAAUUGUUAUGGCUGGCAUUUGUCAUUGAAUGUUGACAGAAAAAAAUGCCUUAAAAUUGUUAGUUAAUUUAAACUGGCUAAUUUCAAAAGCUAUAAAGGUUUUUAAUUUUAAAUUUUUAAAUCAAUUUCUUUCAGGGAAUAAGUAGUGCUGGUACUAUACAUCCGGUACUAGAAAGGGACAUACAGCUACUUAAAGAAAAUUGUUGCCAGGAUUCAAUAUCUGUCAGGUAUGAUUUUAAAAAUACCCAUUUUCUUACUACUAAUAUGUACAACUUGCAUGUAAUCAAUAUCAGUUAUUAUAAUACUGCUAGAUAAAACCUAUGCAUCCCUAAAUUAGAACUCUAUCAAUAUUUACUUACGUCAUGAAAAUUAGUUUUGCAUGGAUUUAGCAUUAACUAUGUGCUACAUAAUUACGAUUUUAAAAUUCAGCUGUAUUAAAUAAACCUAUCAAGGGAUGACUCAGUUGACGUAAAAAAAAAAAAAACCCAACAAACUUUAUCAUUAAUUUUGAACUGCUAAUGAGAAAUGUAAAAUUUUAAAAAUGAAAUUGUUUUACCUUCAUGUUUUAGAUCUUUGAAUAUAAUUAAUGAAAUGGAUCUGGAUAUGUCUUUUUCUACAUCAUCUUUAGAGGUAAGUACUUUAAAUUCACAUUAAUGCUCAAAAUUUGUCGUGAAAUGUUAUAUAUUUUCUUUGAAUUCAAGAUGCAGUAUUGUUUUAAGUUAUUGUAACUGUACGCAACGUUUCACAAACAAGUUUUGAGAUGGCAUCAGUGCCAAAUUAAUUAAUUUGUUUUUCACCAUAAAUAUUCAUGUUGUGCGGACAUGCAAAGUAUGGCUCACAGAUUAGAGCCAGUCCACACAUCACCAUUUUGGGAAUGCUGCUCUCGUGCAUUAAACAGGCAUUCAAUAUAUUAUACAAGAAAAGAUUGUGUUCGCAGUGUCUUUAGUAAAGUUUUAUCCUACUUUUAAUAAUUUUGUGUAUCUUUUAUUCUUUAUAAUAAAGGUUGCCUCUUUAUUUAACUUAGAAAUAUGAAUAAAUUAGUUUUAGCAUAAUUGUUUAGUCACAUAGAAAUUUUAAAUAUUUUCACUCAAAAUAUAUUUCAGGAGUGUGUAACUGAAUCUUGGGGAUUAAUACAUGAUGCACCGAUAAUCCUACGACUCAACCUCAAUCAGAAGCACUAUUUUCAAGCUGACAGUGAGUUUAUUACCCGUCAUCCAUAUUCAGCUUAAAUGUUUUAUAAUUUAUUGAUUAUUUUUGUGUAUGUGGGCUUUUUUAAAAUCAAUUAAAAUUUUAGGCUCAGAGAAUGAUUGUUGAUGGCCUGUUAUUUCCUUUUAUUUUUGUAAAAAAAUUGAUAAAUGUAUUAAAUAAAGCCUGAGAUACAUUGAGAGUAAGAAAAGGAAAUCAUUUAAGUAAGUAAUGUUUGUUAAGUGUUAAGCUUAAUAAAUUAUUCCCAACUACUGAAGAUACAGGGAAAUAAAUUGUUCAAAUUCAAUGCUGAAUUUUAUGAACUGACAGGCUGUGGUACGGUUGAGCUGGAUUUCUGUUUACUUGUAAAUGUUUUGUUGUGAAAAAAUUAUAGCUAAGGUUUAUCGCUUACAAAAUUAGAAUCCAUUUACAGAUACUCAAUAACUUUAAAUAUUUCAGAUAGCUGUAAAAUAGAUGUGUUCCAGUGGUGUUCAACAAAAAGGAGUGGUGCUUUAUCUCAGCUGAAAAAGUGAGACAAAAAUACAAAAUAAUUUUCCAGUUAAAUUUGGGGUUAUUAAAAUUGGAUUUAAUAGUUUAGUUCUAUUCUGAAAUCAAAUCUUAUUAAAAAAUAAAUACCAUUGGAUAUCUAUAUAUUGUCAAUUCAUUGAGUUUAACUAUUAAUUAAAAUAUUUUAACUUCGGCUACACUUAAAUAAAUAAAUUAAUAUGCAUUGUUAUUUCAAUUUCUUGUCUUUGAUAACCAGUAAUUUCAUUGAUUUUUAGGCCUGUACUCAUUCUUUGCUAUUAUAUAGCUUAUAUUGUGUUUAAUACUGUUACACCAGCAUUGCAGAAGUGUUUUGUAGACGAAGUUUCUGUGAACUGACCAAUGAAAAAGUGGCAAUGGCUGUAGAGGGAUGCACUACGUAAGUUUCUUAAAAAAUUCAAAAUUGUAAAGCUUAUCGAAAAGCAUGUAGCUUAAUUAAUUAUAUUUAAAUUUAAGUAAAUUAAACCCAAAUUGGAUUAUUAAACCAGCAAAUAUUUUAAAAUAAUAAGGAUCUUGUAAAAAUUAAAUGUAAAAAAUAUAUGCAUUGAAUUAACCAAGUUUUUCUGAAAAAAAUUAAUAGGACUAUUUAAAGGCUGCAAUUUCUAACACUACCUGUCUUUUUCCUCCCAAGGGCACAGGCCAGUGAAACAAAAUCAAAAUUGUUAGAAAUGGGCUUCAUUGAAGAAGAAGUUGAUGAGGCACUAGUAUAUUCCAAUGGUUCAUUUCAGUCGGCCCUGAAAUGGUUAUUUGGAGAGUCAGAGUAAGUCAAUGUUUUAUUUUUUCUAUAUGUUACCCGGCAAUGUGUGAAAUGCAGGUAUUGUAUAGAAUGCGUAGGCAUUAUAUAGAAUGCAUAAUUUUUAGGCAAAGUGUGAAACAUUAAUUUUUCAUGAUUAUGUUACAGCUCUCUUAAUAAUGAAACACAGGCUACAGAAAAUACCACAACACCCCUUUUUUUUUUCUUCUGGCAUGGCUCACAAAGAUUGAGGGACAGUUCAAUAUCAUUACGAGUAAUGCUCUUAUACUUGUGUGAAAGUUCUUUUAACAUUCUGUCCCGUCCUCCAUGUCCAACAGCCAAAUGAGCCUCAUUAAGUACUCAAAAUAAUCUGUGACAUAGAACUGAAUAGCACUGACGCCUUCUUUAACAGAAUAGAUCAACUUACUUUUGUUCUCUACCGCCAUUACAUCAUAGCGUUUCAGCAGCCAAUAGUCUUGUGAUUCCUUCUGAGUGGUAGUCUGAGCCUUUUUCACAUCAUCCACUAAUUUUUGUUAACUUGUUUCUGUUAGAGAAACGCAUUUUUUGCUGUAUUGACUGGUACUUGAGAAAGUUCAUCCUAUAACCACCGUUGCAUGUAAGCAUGCUGUGAUUCCUGAUCUUAAAUUACAAUCUGAUCUCCCAACAUCUCAGCAGCCAUCAUGAAACAAUAGACUCAAGCUUCUUUGGCGGGAGCAAGAAGCACAUGUGUUGCGAUUGCCACGCCACCGCCGAUGAAAGAAUAAAGCAUGAAUGGCUGGGUACUCAAUACAUUGCCGGGUCGCUCUUAGACAUUGUAUAGAAUGCCUAGGAAAUGUGUGAAAUACAAACCACUUCAUACUUUGGCUACAAACUUCAGGCAUUCUACAUAAUUCCUAGGCAUUCUAUAGAAUGCCGGAUUUCGCAGAUUGCCGAUAACAUAUAUAUGAAUGUGUACUAAUAAAUACUAGUCUUUAUUUGAUGUCACUUUAAAAUAUUCAUGAAAUAAAUAAGUGAGAAAUUCAAAGAAAAUCUAAUAGAAACAGGUACUUCUGUGUCAGAUUACUUUCUCAAAGCAAGCUUAACUGGUCAAAUGUCACUUUUAUGCUAAAUAUUAUAUUAAUUGUGCAUUGAUUUAUACCAAUCGUUACACAUUUUUUUUUGUAGAUAUAAAACAAAUAAGUUUUUAUACAAUUGAAAAAGAAUGCCUUUGCGGAAAAGAUAUUUCAGCAUGCAUUGUACUUAAUAUUAUUAAAAUACAAAAUAUAGAAAGUAGCUUCCAAACACUGAUUCGUUUCUUUUAUAGUAGUAAACUUGAUGUGAAAGUUGCUAAAGGUUCUGCAUAUCGUUGCCGCGAUCCAAAGGAACCACCAAGCCUCAAAAAAGGGUUUUUGGUACAAGUAAGUUCACAUGUUUUCAAUACUGUUAAAAUAAUCAAGAGCUUAAACAAAUUUGCGUUUAAAAGCCCUCUAAGUCUAUUAUAUUUUACAUUUGAUAAAUUGAUAUAUAUAUAUUUAAGAAAAAAAAAUUUGAAAUACACAAGUUUAUUUGUGGAGAAAACAUUCUUGUAUGAUUGGUUGUAACUGUGAAUCCAUUUACACCUUAUUCUAAGAAUUAAGCAUUCAACAAACCAAAUGAUGCAAAGAUUGUUUCAGAAAAUGGAAAAAAGAGAAGUCUUAAAAAAAAUAAAAGCCUUAUUUAGAUUACUCUUACUAUAAAGUCUAAAUGUGUGAAAGCAUCUUGCAGUCUUUUAAAUUCAUGAAUUUUACUCAUUAUUUUAUUGCUCUUCAGCUUUACCGUUAUAUGCAACAAAGACUACUGACUCUAAACAACUACUGCCCUAUUUGUGACAAUCAUCACGUCUUAACUUUCGAUGUCAUGUUGAAGGUAGGAAAAGAAAAUUUUGGAAAUAGUUGGGUACUAUAAAUUGAAGAGUAAGAAGAGCAAAAUUAUCACAUAUUUAUCUAUAGCGAUUGAGGAUACCUCUGAAAUAAAGAGGCAACAAAGAGGCUGAUGUCUGCAUUUGUGCUAUCACGCAUGGACUAUUGCAAUGCUCUCAUGGUGGGUCUUCCAGCUAUGCUCCUGGAUAAAAUUCAAAUAGCACAGAAUAAUGCGGCUCGCAUUGUUCUUCGCAAACGCAAGUUCGACCAUGCUAAAACACUUCUGAGAGAGUUGCAUUGGCUGUCGGUCUGUGCUCGCAUAGAGUACAAAAUCGCAAUGUUGUGCUACCGCUGCUUACAUGACCUGGCGCCGUCCUAUCUGAAAGAGCUGCUGGCGCCUUAUGUACCCACAAGUCAACUCCGCUCAUCCGAUAGUGGCAAACUCUCGACACCACGUGUUCGCCUUGAAACUUACGGAAAGCGCACUUUCGCAUUUGCUGGUCCAACAAUUUGGAACGCCCUUCCAGUCGAUCUCAGAAACAUCCAGACAUUGGAGUCCUUUAAAACCGAUUUAAAGACACAUCUAUUUAGCAAACACCUUCUGGGAUGAUUGUCUACCAUAUCUUCCAUUUAAUGCAUAUUUGCUGUGUUGCUUAGGGUUGAAAUGGGUAGAAAGACUUUGACUUGGUAUGCUUGUAAUUAGUUUUUGUAGUGUUGUGUUUGUUUUAAUUGUGGUAAAUUAUAAUUUUUAUUGUGUGACUAUGUACCGCGCUUCGAGCCUUUGGGGAUGAAGCGUGUUUUUGAAAUAAACUUUAUUAUUAUUAAAUAUGGCCUCUCCUACCUGUGUGUGUCUGAAUAGGAACAACUGGCUUUCUCAAUAAACAACUAGUUGGCCUCAGUGCUGGACAGCUUAUGGAUGAUCAACUCUUCCGUCAGAGCAGGGCAGCGUAGGGACACCCAACUAUUCCGUCUGAGCUGGGCAGCGUAGGGACAAUCAACUCUUUCAUCAGAGCUGGGCAGCAUAGGGACAAUCAACUCUUCCGUCAGUCCUGGACAGCGUAAGGAUGAUCUACUCUUCCGUCGGUGCAGGACAGCGUAGGGACAAUCAACUCUUCUGUCAGAGCUGGGCAGCUGCAGUAAUUGUGAUUUUUUAAAAGUUAUUUGAAGCAGCGUUACACCACCUAUCUGGAAUCUUCACAGCUUAUCCCCAGCAAACAAAGAAAUGUUAAUACUUCAGGCAGCUCAACAUCAGUAUCUCACAGCAACAAAACAACCAAAAUAAAAAAAGACUACACCACCACCCUGCAAACCAACCAAGAACAGCUGUGGAGUGUGUGAAUGCCUUACCAUGGCAGCAGGCCCAAGGGCUGCUGGAUCUGAAAGAUAAUGAUCAUAUAGGGAGAACGCGUUAAGUAAUUUGUAAAACUUAUAGCUCAGUCCAAUAUUAGUUUUACAUCAACAGCUGUCAAUAAUUCAUAAUUUGAACUAUGCAUGAUCCUAAGAUGGGCUGUAAUUCAUAGGUGUUCUUUUACGAUUUAUUAAGCAACACAUCACAAACAAUUAUGUGUCUAUUUCUGAUUCACUUCUCAGCUAUUUUGUGGAAAUAAAUUUAUGUUUUCAAGUUACAUACAUCUUGUAAGCAGGAACCAUAGAAAUACAAGUUUAAAUGCAAAAGUAAACAUUGCCCUCUACUGUAGUUGAUCAAUGAGAAUUUCAUAAAAUCUUUGACAAUUUCAAUAUGUUAAGUUGAGUAACAGAUUAUAAAAUGUCACCAUUUUUUCCUUCCUUUCUCAGCCUGUUGUCUGUCAUAACCCACUGUGUAUAUUUUCAUUUCAAACCCUUGGAGUCAUGGCUGAUGCAGCAGACAGUAUUGACACACAACCUGAGGUAAUUGUAGAACUUACAAUCACAUAGAUGUUGGUUGCUCUCAAUUUCACUAUAGUAAUUGGAACAAAGUUUUAAAUCAAUGCUUCUCAAACCUUUAAGUGUGACACCAGCAGGAUUUUUUCUCAUGCAGCACUGGCUGGUGCAGAUUAUUGUACAUUUUAGAUCUUCCUCCAUUGUUCUGUAUUUGCAGAUCAUCGAGUAGGGUCUUGUGAAGUGUUGCUGGUCCAUUGACCAACAGUUUGAGUAGCAUUGGUUUAAUUUAAUGUAUUCACUUCAUGGCCAUCUUUUAUCAUACUCUAUUCACUUUGGAGAACAUCAUGUACAUAAUGCGCACACUUGUGCAUUAUAUUAAAUGGUUAUAUAUUAUUAUUGAAUAAUGAUUUUAGUAUAUGUAAUAAUGUCUUUAAAAUUAAACAUUUUAAACUUGAUUUUUACUUAGCAAUGAUAUCUAGCAUUCAUUUGCUUUAUUUUAGUAAGUUAUUCACAUAUUAUUGAAAACAAAUUAGGUAGUUAUGAGUUAUUCUUUCUAGGUUGUGAACUUAUUAAUUCUCCUGACAAAAGCUGCAGCUAAUUCAACAAGAUGGGACCAAAUUCUCUUGCCUUAUCCCACCGUGGUUCAUCCUAAAAAAUUACACAAGCUUGCUUUAUACGAAAAGGUCUGUACAGAUUGUAUAUAAAAAUUUUUUCCAUUUACUGUACUCCCUACUCCAUCAUUUAUCAUAACUUAUGAUGACAUUAUAUAAGCAGAUUGGUCCUCAUUUAAUUAAAAAAAAUUUCAGUGCUGUGCACAGAUUUUAAAAUAUCUGUUCCUAGACAUACAUUUUGCUGAACAGGUUAGUUUGAUUCAUCACAACUGACACAACAGCUAAAUGGAAGUCCAUUCAUUUUUUGCUUAACUAUAUGUUUUGUUUAUUUCCCAGAAAAAAAAUAUUGAAAAACUCAGGGCAAUUUUCAAAUGCAUGCCUAUGAUGGAAAAGCUGGUACAGCAUAAUGAAAAGGAUUUGAGAGUUCUCCUCGAUGAACGCCAUAUGUUGUGCUAUCCACUUCUGAGAUGGUAAAUUGUUGUUUUGAACUUUAUCUUGUCAACAGAUGUAAAGGGAAAAUGAAAUAAUAAUAGGGCAUUAAAAAAAAAAGUCACAUACAACUAAAUAUACUUAGAGAUUUGAGCUCUUAAUAUCAAUGUUUAAGUGCAGUUAGGUUGCCAGCAUUAGAGAGGGAAUAAAUAUGAAAGCAAAAAGAAGCUUAUACUUCAUAACUUCUUACACUGAUAUGAAACGUUUGUUCUGGUCUUUCCAGGAACAUGAUUCUAGUUUAAAAGCUAGUUUAAAAAUGUGUGUCUUUGUAAGAAUUUUUAUGUGUUAUGAAAAUGAAUAUGUACAUUGUAGUUUAAAAAACCUACGCAUUUCCGUAUAGGUGGAUUAAUACAAGAACCUUAAAUCAAAUUUUUCAUAUUGCAUUAAUUACAUAACAAUGAGAAUACAAUGCCUGGAUUUCAUUGGCCUCUGUUACUAUUUUUGUCUAAUACUGUUCAACAGGAUCAUUUCAAGUAACAGAUCAUACAUUGUCAAAUUACCUCCUGAUCAGGUUGGUGUCAUUCAUUUGUUAAGUAACAGAUCAUACAUUGUCAAAUUACCUCCUGAUUAGGUGGAUGUCAUUCAUUGUUAUAUGUAAUUUAUAAUCUGCGACUUUGUUAAAUUACCUCCUGAUCAUUUUGGUGUCAUUCAUUGUUAUUUGAUAUGUUCUUUAAAUCACUUUAAAGAGAUGAAUAUUAAAAUGUAAGACCUUAAACUUAGUAAAAAUGUUUGAUAGAAACUAGCCGUCUGCGCAAGCGGAGCGUCUCCGAGGAAACUGGGGACAUCCACAUGGGGUUUUGGCUCUUUGUGGCAUGGCAGACUGGUAGGGAGGUACUGUUUUUCCUGAGCUAAAAAACCCAGGCUGACCACAUGACUCCAAACGCAAUGGGAGUAGUAACGUCAUAGCAUGAUUACUUGUUGCCGUUAAUGGAUAUGAGGUUUGGGUGGCGAUUAAAACCCAUGCAGAUGAUUUUAGCUAUAUGGCCAUGAGAAAGCCGCUCAUAGGCGACCAGCUUAUCGCCCCGACCGAAAGACUCCAUGGGUGGUGGGAGGUGGCAACACAACACCAUUCCUCCGGAGGGGAAGCAAACCCACCCAGUCUCUAGGGAGAGUGGACCUUGAACGCUUUAAACGCAGCGUUCUCGGUCGGCCGGACAUCCCCCAGGUCGAGGGGGGGGGGGUUCCCGGGGUCCUUCGGCACGGUCUGGUGGCGGGGAAACCUGGGCUUGGCUCGGGGGGGGGUGUGCCGGGGGGAGGGGGCAUUAAGAGCUCACGGUCGACCGGCCCACUGACGCCAUUCUCCAUGUGAUGGAAACUAGCCAUUGAGAGAGAGUGGUAAAAUCAGUUUCUUCUCGUAAAUUUAAAUCAGCUUCUCACAUUAAUAAGGAAAUAAUUUUAAAAGAAACCAAAAAUUUACGACUCCUGUCUUAACCCUUUUCCUUGACCGAUUUAUGGUCAAGGAGUAACAUGGAUAGACAGGGUCUUUUUUUCUAAUUAUAUGGAAUAAUCAUCCCAGAAUAUUGACAUUUGUCAAGUGUUUUAUAGAAGAACUUUAAUGGAGAUCUGGACUGGUGAAAGUAAACUGCCUUUUUCUGAUUUUAUUUUAUUAUACUAAAAAAAUUGAAUUGUUUUUAAUUUUUAAAUUUUUUGUUAAUUUAAAUAAAUAAAUAAUAAAAAUUAAUCAAUAUAAUAUAAAUUGUUAUUAGUUUAUUAUCUUAUCCUAUGUCAACUAUUGGUAUAUAAUUUCUUAUUGUCAUAAGAUCAGAGCAGCUCCAAUCCAUAUAAUAAAUAAACCCUGUGGUUUACUUUAAUUUAAGUCUAUUCGCUACAGCUUCUAGAUAAAUGCUGUUUUUAAUACCCUGUACACUUUAAAGCAGCGUUUCCCAAAUGCCUGGUGGCAUCACAUUACCAGGCCUCAAAAGCAAAAAUAACAAGUCACAAAAAUAAAAUUCUUCAAAACUUAACUAGUAUGUCUGUUUUUGAGAUUUUUUCUUUGGUUCCAUAGAAAUCCCUAAAAUAACAGUAUAAAAACAACCAGGUCAUGUAAAAAAAGUUUGGGAAAUGCUGCUUCAAGGUAAACUUUUUAAAAAUAAAUUAUUUGAUUAUUUUACAAAAUGGAAUGCGUUAGUUUGAAAAAGCUUAAUUCCGUUGUUAGCCCAAGUACAGAAAUCAAUCAUAUAUUCUCUAUUUACAGCGGCUUUCCUUUAUGACAACUAAACAUCAGUUCUGGUUGAGAAACAGUCCCCCUGUUGAGGACAGACGUUUUAGGUUAAACAAGGAGAAAUAUGGAAGUGUGUUUGCCUUCCAGUAAGUUCUGUUCCUUUAUAACAUCUUCCAAUACUUAAAAAUGUUUUUAUAAAAAAUAAUGACAACACUCUAAAAUUAUUAUUUUUUAAACAUGCCUAAACCAUUUUGAUUUCAAAAAUCUUUUCAUGGCUCAAGAAAUUAUCUUAAUUAAGAUUUUAAUAAAUUAAUAACUAAAAAGUGAGGAAACUUUUAUAUUACACGCAUUUUUGUUAUAAAGAAUAAAACAGUGAUAUAAAAAAAUAUAUAGCAUUAGAUUUUGUACAAGUUGAAAAGUACCAAAGUGAAUUAAAUGAAAUGUGAUUGUAACAAUCAUGCAACUGAUUGAAACUAUGUCAGCAGAAUUUUUUCUCUCCAAAUUCGAAUCUAAUAAACAAACACUGAAUUUGUAUUUUAUUGGUUCUCUUUUUUAAUGGGGUAAUAAGGGGAGAGACUGCAAUCAGGUUAGUACAAAAUAAAAUGAGUAAAACAGAGUAUGGUUAAACCUGAAAAAUUAAACGUAACAAAACAGCGAACGUGUCGGCAGAAAGCCUUCGUCAGCGAACAAAACAACAGAAAAAACGUUAUAAAAAUAAGAANACUCAUUUUCCUUCUGCCACACUUCUAUUGCUGCCCACAGAUACUACUUACCAGCUAAGUGCUAUUUCUUAUUUUUAUAACGUUUUUUCUGUUGUUUUGUUCGCUGACGAAGGCUUUCUGCCGACACGUUCGCUGUUUUGUUACGUUUAAUUUUUCAGGUUUAACCAUACUCUGUUUUACUCAUUUUAUUUUCUUUUUUAAUGUCAUGAAUUAGGGAUUUUACUCAGAAUUAGGGAUGUAUGUAACUAUAAUAAUUCAGCAUAUACUUAUUUGAGGAUAUAAUUAUUAUAAUAAGGAAUCCUGGCUAGAUGAUUUGGCACCUGGUAGACAUUGUUUGGAAGCCUAUCUUUUAGUUUAGUGGAAGGCUAAAUCUGACUGUUAUUUCUUUAACCUUAGAUAAAAUAAGUUAAAAUAAUAGUAACCCACUACAAAAUUUUGUAAGUAUUUUUUUCUUUUCUAUUCUAUUUUUUCACAACAGUGGUUCUCCUAUUGAGAACUGGCACUCCAUUGUUAGAGAAGGUUUAAUUGUGGCUAGUGGGACUCACAGACAGGUAACCUAAACAAUUUUUUAGAAUUAUAUAUAACAAUUUUGACUUCUUCCUAUAUGGAGAGGAACACCAAUGUCAAACCUGUCUUAUUAAUUUCUAUUUGUUUUAGAAAUUCUAAAUGUCAAGAAAAUUUAAUUUAAAAACAUGAGUAAUUACGGAUGUAAAAAAUUAUUCGUCUUGUUAUUAGUUAAUUAUUACUGUUAUAAGAUAUCCUAUCUCAUUGUUUCCAUUUUCAAUAAAAAUAAGUUAAUUUUCAUCAUCAGCUCAAUGGUGCAGCCUAUGGUCAUGGCAUUUACUUGAGCCCGCAACUAUCCAUGUCACUCCGCUACUGCCUUGUGAAAACAGAACCAAUAAAAGAUAGCAACAAAAAAAAGAAUAGUAAAGUAACAUCUCAAGUAAUGUAUUUCAUUCUUAUAGUUAAAAUUCUUUCCAGGAAAUUUGUUGAAUUAUCAGUUAAUGACAUCAUUUUGUUUGUAUCACCAGUCCCUGCUUUCUGUCCCGACCGAAAGACUCCUUGGGCGGUUGGGGAGGGGGGGGGGAGGUAAUACCACACAUUUUCCCCCGGAGUAGAAUCAAACCCACCCUGACUCUCUGGGAAAGUCGACUGCGAACGCUUAAAACACAGCGUUUUUGGUCGACCGGGCGUCCCCCAGGCUAUGGGGGAGGUUCCCGGCGUGUGGCCGCAUGGUCUGGCGGCGGGAAACCCGGCCUAUGGCCCUUGUGGAGGUGUGCCGAGAGGGGAGGGGGGUGAUUAAGAGCUCGCGCUCGACGGCCCACCGACACCAUUUCCCUAUGUGACGUAUUACCAAUCUAAUGAUGUAAGCUGUAGCACUGAAUAGUUUGGUUAAAAGUCUUGUUAGUAGUUGAAACAUGUAACAUAAAACCAGACGAUCCUUCAUUUUGAGAUUUUUUUUGUGUGUAUGGUUAGACACACACACACCCCCACCCCCCUUUUUUUUUUCCCUCCAGAACCAAACUCCCCAACUCUAAACCCCCACCACCCCACUUUGUUUUACAACUCAUACUCCUCACACGCACACAGACAUAUGGACAUCAUAUGUAAUAUAUCUUAUAUUGAUGGGGAAUGCAUAACUAUGCUUGUUAAGAAAGUGAGAACUAAAGAAAAAACACACCAAAAAAUGGUACCGAGCCCCAAAAUUAAAUGGAGAAUAAAUCUAUAUUUUAGCAAUGAACUUGGGGCAAAAGAGGGAGUGCUAUGUAUAAGAUCAACCCUGACAACAGUUUUCCAGUCACAUACAUCAAUAUUUUAUGAAUAUAUUUGUUGCCAUGGGGAAUCAACAUUCCAAAGUUUUAAAUCAGUUUCGUUUUUCUUACUUAUCCCUUUAGUUGCAGCUUUGCUAUGUUAUACAGUAAUAGCCCAGCCUUUAACACAUGGCAUUUAGGAACUAACAUAGUCUACAUACAAUGGAUGACAUAUUUUUUUAUUUAUAAAGUCAAGGUUGGGGGAUAGAGGCAAUCUGAGGGAUUAUAAUUUGUUAAGAUAAAAUUGCUUUUAAAACUGUCAAUGUAACAAAUGCUACAGGGUAUACUUUUAAUAAUGUUAUCUAAGAGUUACUAUAUUCAUGUACUCUUUUGGUUACUGGUACUUUUAGAUCCACAUUUCAAUUUUCCUGCAUUUUUGUAAGUCAGGUAGGUGUGAGAAAUAAUUUUUAAAUAAUAGUUUCGUUUUUUAACACAAAUUUAAUUCAACAUUAUCAACUUCUAGGAAGCCCUGCCUAGUGACUUCUUACAUGAGGAUGUUGCACAUCUUGCUUGUAUAACAUUGUGUGAAGGUGAGUAGAUAUUAAUAUUAGUAUUAGUAUACAUUUAAAUAGUGAAGAUAAGUAGAUAUUAAUAUUAAGAUUACUAUACAUUUAAAUAGUGGAGAUAAGUAGAUAUUAAUAUUAAGAUUACUAUACAUUUAAAUAGUGGAGAUAAGUAGAUAUUAAUAUUAAGAUUACUAUACAUUUAAAUAGUGGAGAUAUCCAUCCCUGUGGCUCUACAGCCCAUGUAGGGCUUUGGCCUGCCUCACUACUUCCUUCCACUCAGACCUAACUAAUGCCUUUCUUUUCCAUGCUUGGACUUUCAGCUGCUGUAGAUCUUUUUCUACAUCAUCUAUCCACCUAAGCCUAGGUCUGCCUUUGAGCCUUUUUCCUCUGGGGUAUUGGUGAUGUACCCUCUUCGUUCCUCUGUCAUUUGGCAUUCUCUCUAGGUGUCCUGCCCAGCGUAGCCUGCCUCUUUUUAUUUCUGCCACUAUCGUGGGAUCCUGAUAUAGACUGUAUAACUCCUGGUUGGUUCGUAUUCUCCAUCCAUAUUCAUCCUUUGUUGGCCCAUAUAUUUUCCUGAGAACUUUCCUCUCCCAUGUGUUUAAUAGGUUUUCUGCUGUUUUUGUUAGGGUCCAAGUUUCACUUGCAUAUGUUACAACUGGUCUGAUCACAGUUUUAUAAAUAGUUUUCUUUGUUUCUCUUGUAAUGUUUUUACUUUUGAGUAUUUUCUGACUACUGAAGUAUGCCCUGUUUCCGGCUGAUAUUCUUUCUUUUAUUUAUGUAAGUAAUUCGUUUCUUUCAUUUAACAAGGAUCCUAGGUAUUUGAAUUGAUUUACUUUUUCAAAAGUUUGGUUUCUAAUUUUAAUUGUUUCAUCUGUUUGUUCCUCUCUUAUCAUGGUCAUGUAUUUUGUUUUUUGGUUGUUAACUUCCAGCCCUACUUGUAAAGAUGCGUCUUCUAAUUCAAUAAAGGAUUUUGAUAUGUCUUUUAUACUUUUCCCUAGAAGUGCUAAUCCAUCAGCAUAUGCAAGAUACUGAAGUGGUUGGUUGUAGAGUGUGCCCGUUGGUUGUGGGUCUUGAGUUUCCCUCAGAAAGUAUCCUAAUAUCGUUCCUCGAGUGUCAAUGUGUAUGCUUCUAAUAACUCUCUCCAAUGUUAGGUUAAAGAGCAUACAAGACAGUGAGUCUCCCUGUCUUAGGCCUCCCUAAAUUCCCUUGAAUAUUCUCCUUGAAUCUUGAUUUUUGCUUUUUGAGUUGAUUAGUGUUACAUGUAUUAGCCUUGUCAGUUUGUUGGGUAUCCCAAACUCCUGCAGAGUCUCAUAUAAAUAGUUUCUUUUGAUGCUGUCAUAGGCCAUUUUAUAUUCGACAUAGAGUUGAUGUACUGGUAUAUUAAAUUCAUAGCAUUUCUCUAAUAGGCAUCUGAUUGUGAAAAUUUGAUCAGUCGUUGACCUGUUAGGCCUGAAUCUGCAUUGGUAAUCACCUAGUAUUUCUUCAGUGUAAGGUUGUAGUCUUUUGGCAAUAAGUUUCGUCAGUAUUUUGUAUGUAACAUUUAAUAGGGAGAUUCCUCUAUAGUUUGUGCGCUGAAGUUUUGAGCCUUUCUUGUGUAUUGGGGUUAUUAAUGCUGUUUCCCAUUCUGUCGGGAUUUUCUCCUCUUGCCAAAUUUUAGUUAUAAGUUUAUGUAUCUGAUUGUGUAGUUCUUUUCCUCCAUAUUUAAUCAGUUCUGUUGUGAUAAGGUCUUGUCCGAGGGCUUUGUGAUUUCUCAUGUAAUUAAUUACUUUUUUGGUUUCUUCUAGUGUUGGGCAUUGUAUAAAAGGGUCUGGUCCUCCCUGUGGGAGUUGAUAAUCUUCUUCUUGUCUAUUGUCUGCAUUCAGUAUGUCCUCAAAAUAUUCAGCCCACCUCUCCAAUACUUUACUAUUUUCCGUGAUUAAUUCUCCAUUGUGGCUCUCACACAUUUGCGGUCUGGCUUGGUAUCCAUUCUUUUCAUCUUUUAUCUUCAUGUACAUUCCUCUUAUAUUUCCCUCUCUUGAUAAAUCUUCUAUUUCCUUUAGUUUAUCCUUUUCCCAUUCCCUCUUUUUCUUCCUACACAUUUUUGUUGCUUUCCUUCUGGCUUCCUUGUAUGCUUGUGUUGUCUUUCUGGUUUCCCUUUGUAACAUGAUCAUUCGUGCUUUGUUUCUUUCUUCCACAGUCUCUCUGCAUUCAUUGUCGUACCAGCCUACUCUAUUGUUGGCUUGCUGAAAUCCCACUACUUUUUCUGCUGAUCUUUUAAUGGCAUUUUUUAUCCUAUCCCACUGAUCAUUUAUGUUGUUUUCCCCGUUUAUUUCCUCGUGCGAUGCUUCUAAUUGUGCUUCUACUUCAUUCUGGUAAGCUUUUGCAGUUAAUGGGUCUUUGGGCAGCUUUUGGUAAUCGUAUCGUUUCUCUCUUUGAUUACGACCAUUGUGAAUUAAGCUUAUUCUCUGUUUAUAUUUCACCCUUACAAGUAGAUGGUCCCAGUCUUCAUCUGCUCCUCUAAGGCUUCUCACAUCUAAUAUAUCUGAUCCAUGUCUUCAAUCUAUUAAAACGUGAUCGAUUUGAUUGCGGGUGAUUCCAUCUGGUGAGUUCCACAUAGCUUUAUGUAUAUUUUUGUGCGGAAACUUGGUGCUGCUAACUGACAUCCCUUUUCCUACCGCGAAGUCUAUGAGUCGGAUCCCAUUGUCAUUGGAUUCUUCGUGCAGACUUUCCUUUCCAAUAGUUGGCAUGAACACCUUUUCUUUUCCUAUUUUGGCAGUGAAGUCUCCAAUCACUAUUUUAAUAUCAUGUCGUGGUGCCUCUUCGUAGAUCUUUUCCAAGCAACUGAACAAAUAGUGGAGAUAAGUGGAUAUUAAUAUUAAGAUUACUAUACAUUUAAAUAGUGAAGAUAAGUAGAUAUUAAUAUUAAGAUUACUAUACAUUUAAAUAGUGAAGAUAAGUAGAUAUUAAUAUUAAGAUUACAUUAAAAUACUCCCCCUCAAAAACUGAAGAAAGGUGAAUGUAUAUAAAAUCCAAACCAAGAAGAUAAACAAUACAAAAUGCAUGAAACAAGUUUAACUAGAAGUAGACAACACAAAUCAAGGCAAACUUCAACCGCUUGAAAUAAAUGAAUUAAAAAACAUGUGUGACUAAACAUAAAAUCAUGAGACACUCAUACACCAGUACAGGAAUGAUGGAGUUGAAGAAUGCACAUUAAUUAGCAAGUGGAAAUGUUGAACAAUUUUAAAAAUACAUUUUUGUUUGAGUUAAUGGUUUGAUGUCAAGUUAGCAUAUCCUUAAGUAUUUAGUAAGGUAGUUUGAUAAUUAUAUCAAAAUAUCCAACGACACACCUUGUUAUAUCCAUGAAAGUAAUUUCUUUGGAGCAAGCCAACAAAUGAGAACAUUACCACAAGACAGAAUGGAUUGUCAGCAUCUAUACUUGUUGACAUGAAAGAAAUCCCCACAAUAUACCUUUGACUUUGAAUAUGCAGCAAAAACGUUUGAUAAAAAAAGGGAGAAAAUUUUCUGUUCUGAAAACUAUGAAGCCCUACAGUUACAACUUUAAGAAAACUCUUGGAAUUUUUCUGCAUCAUACAAGCACAAUGAAAAUUGUGAAUAGCGAACCUCAAAAUGGCACACCCCGUGGCAAAUGUUCUUACUCUCAACUGUCACGGAUAGCAGAUUCUGUCAUGCGCCAAAAUUUGCAAAGGUUUCUGUGUGGAUAAAUUGUGGUGCUGAAUUCCCUUAUGCACUGGGUGUGUUAACUAUUUUACUUUGCUGAUCAGUCUGUUACCCUGCUGUGCUUUUCUAAGUCAGGGUGGUGCGGCUUGUUGCCAUGUGGACACAAGACUGAGUGUUACGCACUGACUUCUAUUGUGAGAAAUUAAUCUCUUGUUUUAUGUUAUGGCUCGUUCAAACAGUGCCUAACAAAGGACGAUACCAUAGAGAAAUACAAUAACAAAAAUACGACACCGAAGACAGUACCAGUUAGAAUAAUCAAAUUUAAUUUAGUAAUAAUACAAUUAUAAAACAAAAGAAAUAUAAUUACAAAUGAUCAACUUACAGUGUAUGGUAGAUCUGUACCGGUACACAGUUAGUACAAUUUGCCAAUUUAUAAUGAACAAUGACGAAAUGCGAAUAAACACAUAUAUAAGAACACAAAGACUAAUACACGUCUCGUAAAGUAACACAUAUCUAUCUGAAUCUGUCUCUCUCUGUGCCUGUCAAUCCCUUAUAUAUGUGGGUCUACCAACGCGUCUAGAAACGCCCUUACUUUUCUAAUUCAAUCGAGAACCUUACACAAGAUACUAGUAGACCUACUAACCAUGUUUAAUUGGAAGCCUGUAGUAAACAAGAUACAUCAAACGAAUAGGCCACGCCCACAACAAAUGCUACCGUCUGCUAGGGAUCUAAUGUGCAGUGAAACAAAGUUAAAGCAUGGGAAAAGUGUACUACAUAACACUGAGGGUUGUGAUUGAAUUGUGGGACUCGUGGGAAAUUUACCAAUGCAUAUUAAAAGCAAGACGAUCAAAUUAGCCACUGUUCACAUGUGCAAAUAUUUCAUGUUUAGAUGUUCCUAACAGACUUUUCAAAUACUGUGCAUGUACAUGUUGAUAACAGACCUGUCAAAUACUGUACACGUACAUGCUGAUAACACACUUCUCAAAUACUUAACAUGUACACGUUGAUGUAAAUGUACUGAGUUAAGCACUGUAAAAUCUUUUUUAGUUUCAUUUGAGUUUUGUGGUUAAUACACAUACAUGUAAAUGAAUGCACUUUCUUAUUGAUUUCUAAUGUCUAUUUCAUUUCAAUGUGCAUAUAUUCUCUUCUUUAUUAUUGUGCAUGAUCAUCUAUCUGACUGAACCUAUAAAUAGCAGCACAUUUUAUUUGGUCACUAGAGUUUAUGCUAUUUUUAAGGAUUCACUGUGUUGGCAGGCAGUGUUCCCUCUAAGGUUUUCUGAUCUGUGUCCAAAAUCAUACAGUUGUGUGCAAAGUUUUACAGCAUCAAUUUUUUAUGUGCAAAAUUUAACAGCCCACAAAUACACACACACACGGAAAUUACAAAAAUGCAAAAAAUUUUAUAUAAAUAAAUAAAGGAACUAUAAUUAAAUAAUUAUAAUCAGAAAUGUCACAAUAGUUCCAUCAAAGCUAUAAAUAUGUCUAUUAUUUAUCCCGUCUUUGGGUCAAGAAACUAAAUUCCAACACACCCACUACUAAUGGCCGCUUGUCAUUUGAUUGACUCAUUUCUGGAGGUACUCUGGCAUCUUUCAACGAUAUCCAUCUUUUAUACACAUGGUCAAGUUGAUUUGAUGUCCAUCAUUCUGAUACAAUUUAAUCCUCAUAAGCAUGUCUAAAUAUAACUCUUCCAGCCUAUUUCUUAAUCCAUGUUCCUUAUCGAAGCUCGAUGAAAGAAAUGUAGUUCAAAUAUCCAACAAAUGGCAAUGUCGUCAAAUUGCUCCUCAUUUAUUACAAAUCGAACUAUCUUGUAGAAAGUCUGCAUCAAUCUGUCACGAAUACGUUCGUGUGGCUUCGUUGUCUAAGGGGUAUGAUCAUUUACUAACACACACUCACUAAACACCAGUACACAAACACUGGACACAAGCGUUCUUUGAGUUAUUAAUUCUAAGCGUUUAUUAUAUAAUCUACUACAAUCUAAUCUAAGUAUCCUCCCAUGAGUACUGUGGGUUCUGCUAACUAGUUUAGCCUAAGAACCACACAUACUACUUGGAUCAGAACACUACUAUUUACUACUAUUACUAUUUCUAACAACACCAACUAACAAUACUGUAACGCUGAUACUACCCCACUCGCUCUCCAUGCUCUAAUGACCAACUGACCACCUGCACACACUACCAAACUACCCCCUUUCCCUUUUUAUCCCUACGGUAUACCGGCACACUUAUAGUUCGCCUGGCACAAACAGAUGCUCAGUGAUUCUCAGUGAUUCUAACACCUUGACACAAUCCACAUUUCAUAUUUUCUGCAAGCACAAACCUUCAGUUACAAUACUGAUCCUCAACAUUAGCAGAAUGUCAUCAUAGUUUUCCAGGAAUACGGUAUAUCUAGAAACCAGUGCCGCAAGUUUUUUUUGGCCAAAAUUAAAAUCUAAAGUGUCGAUUAAAGCUGAUAUCUCAAAGAUUCGCCGUUGCAUCAACUCACUUUCAGGGAGUCUUAGUGCAAACAUAAACAUUCAACAAAUUAUUUUAGGAUGAAACUCAUGUUUAUAUCCUCGUCAUUUGCCAGCAAUUCAACAACCUCUUCAGACCAGUGCACAUUUUCACCAAGGUACUGGGCACAGAGCUUAGGUCCACUCUUUGAUGUUUCCUCCCACCUUUUUCUUUGUCUUCCUCUUCUUCUUUUCCUCGUCUUGUGGUGCCCUGCAAUAUUUCUUUGGCAAGCCCAUGUUUCCUUGUUACGUGGCCGUACCAUUGUAAUUUGCGUUUUUUCACAGUCACCAGUAGGUCAUCGUACUCCCCAAUUGCCUGACGAACCCUUUCUUUCACUGUAUCAUUGGAGAUAUGGUCCUUACAGUAGAUGCCAAAAAUGCUUCUGAAGCAUCUCAUCUUCAUCGCCUUUAUUUUCCUUUCAAGAUCGGCUGUUAAUGUCCAGGAUUCGCAGGCAUACAGGAAAAUUGAGAGGACUAAUGAGCGCAUCAGCCUGAUUUUGGUGCUGGGGGCUAUAUUUUUGUCAUUCCAUAUUUUCUUGAGCUUUUUUUAGUGCUGUUGUAGUCUGCGCAAUCCUAGACAACAGUUCGGGCUUGGAGCCUUCUUUUGAGACUAUUGCUCCUAGGUAUUUGAAGCAGUCGACAGUCUCCCCGACCUUAAUUUCAGUGGUGAUGCCUGCGGUAUUAUUUGUCAUCAGUUUUGUCUUUUCGGCACUGAUGCAUGCCGUAGGACGACGAGGUCUUCUCGAGACGCUUUACCAGGUCGGCUAGCUCUUCUUCGUUCCCAGCCAGCACAUCUAUGUCGUCCACAAAGCAUAGGUUGGUGAUUGUUCUGCCACCAAUGCUGACUGUCCCUUCAUGCGCUUCCAGAGCAUCUGACAUAAUUCUCUCUAGGAAGAUGUUGAAUAGGGUGGGGGAGAGCAGGCAGCCUUGUCGUACUCCAACCGUGGUCUUGAACCAUUCUCCGAUGUUGUUGUUGAGGAAGACUGCACUGGUGGCCUUAUCAUAGAGGUUGCAUAUCAUGCUGGUUAGGUUUGUGUUGAUGUUGUAGUGCCUCAUGGUGGCCCAUAAAGCAGCAUGCCAAACCCUGUCAAAUGCUUUCUUGAAGUCAACAAAGACGUGGUAUAGAUUUUGUUGGUGUUGAGCAUAUUUGUCACAUAGUAUUCGGAGGUUUAGGAUCUUCUAAGCAGGGCCCCGUCCUUGCCUGAAGCCCGCCUGUUCUUCAGCAAUGAUUCUGUUGGCAUAUGGUUUUAGUCGGUUCAAUAUGAUCUUCAUCAUAACCUUGCUUGGAUGGCUUAUUAGGCUAAUUGUGCGAUAGUUUUGGCAUAGCUGUAGGUUACCUUUUUUGGGGAUGGUGACGAUGAGUGAUUGGGUCCAUGGUUUGGGCCAUUCUCCUGUAAGCCAUAUUUUGUUACAAAUAUUGAAUAGGGCACUUAUCAUUGCUUCUCCUCCUUGUUUCAUCAACUCGGCAGGGAUAUUAUCCACUCCUGCGGCCUUUCCUGUUUGGAGUGCCUGGACUGCUGCUUCUACUUCUGCGCGGAGAAUAGGGUUGUUAUCAUUGUCUGUUGCUGGAGGGACAUUAAGGAUCUCUGGGUUUAUCUUUAUACUUUCAUUAUAAAGCUCUGAACAGUAUUCAGUCCAUCGUUUGAUGAUAUCAUUUUCUUUGGUCAAACAUUUACCAUUUUUAUCCUGUAUGGUAAAACUAGCCCUUGUUUUGCAAUGGUUAGUUCUUUCACCAACUGGUAAGCUUUUUUGCUAUUGUUUUUCUUCAAGCAGUUUUCAAUGUCGUAGCAUUACUUUUCAAUCCAGUUCUUCUUUGUGCUUUUCAUACCUUUUUUGAUGGCUUGAUUAACUGUCCUAUAUUUAAUGGCCCGCUCUGUAUUUACCAUUUUUGUUUUCUUUAACUGCCUCCGUUUAUCACACAGAUCAAGUAUGUCAGCUGUCACCCAUGGUUUUCGGGUUGGUCGAUGUUUACAGAGGAUGUCGUGAGCUGUGUCUGUCACAGCUGUGUUGACACAACAAUCAAUGUAAUGAAUAUUAAAUAAGUAUAAACUUAAAAUUUUUUAUUUUGCUUUUCAAGUGAUCAACUGCCCAAGCCUUCACAGACACAAUAAGGAAAUAUGGACUUGUGAAAACAGUGAAUUUGUUUGCACACGAUUCUUCUUUGUGUAAGUAUAUUUAUAAAGGAAUGUGAUUCAAAAAUGCAUGUGGCACAUUUCUUAAUGUUUUAAAUAUUAAAUAUAAUUUAAGCAUGUGAUAAAGCCAGGUAUGUUUUCUAAAAGGGGCAGAGGCAGGUAUGUUUUCUAAAGAGGAAUUUUUUUUUUAGUGGUGUAACCAGUUCUAUAUAUUUUUUAAAACAGGUUUGUAGCCAUGAAUUUUUUUAAUGAUUCACAAAUCAUUGGUCAUUAUAUUGUUUUUGGAGGUUUUUUUUUUUUGAGUGGGCAGGAGAUUCCUGUGAAUUGUGCACAGGCAGCAACACAAAACAUUCAAUAUAUUUUAUAUAUUGGUAAAUUUGUUGCCACAAAUAUUUCCCAGCUCUUGUUUUGAACUACUGUUCACAAAAAUAUCAUGAAUUUAUGUUACAUAUUCUUUUCUCUGUGAAAACCACUCAACCAGCUGAUAUAAUUCAUAACUUUAUGUUUCAUUUAUUCCAGAUAUGACAAACUAAAUCCAGUGAAUGACAGCACAGUCAAUAUAACUGAUAAACACCUCUCAAAGCAGGUGGAAAAGCUUCUGCUUCAUGGAUGAUGGGAAAUUGGAUUCCUGAAAACACUGUUCAGAUGUAGCACUGACCAUUAAUCCAAUAAGGGCUUUCAUUUCUAUGAAAUUUCGAUAAUGCAUGUUUAAGGGGACAUUUUUUUGGCCCUUUAUUUUUUACAUUAGAAACUUUGAGAAAAAAAUGUUUUAACAUGUAUUUUUCAUCUCAUUUUACAAUUUCUUAAAUUCACGAUGGAAGUGUUUAUUCAAACUUUAAAGCCGUAAGUUGCAAUUUAUAUUAUGUAAUGACAUUUUGGAAAAUCUGAUUAUGUUGUGAUGAAAACAUUUUCAUAUUAGCACACCAAAAUAUCCUUUUCAAAUAAUGGACUUCAUGCAGAUUAAAAUACAUUUCAAAAAUAAAUUUUGAACCUCAAAUUAGCUUUAAAAAUUGAGUUUAAGAAUUUCUGAUCUAAGGCAUGCACAAAAAACCAUAAAUAUAUAUAUAUACAUAAUUUACCUUUAAAAUAAAUAUUGUUAUAGUUAAUUUUUUUUAAGCUAAAAAAUAAU